AUGGGCGUGAAAUCGGACUCCUCCGGAAAGGAUCAAUCGCCAGGGGGCGGUGGAAGUGACGAUAACAAUAGCAGCACCCUGACGGAGCAAACAAUGAGUGGUAUCGCCGGCACAGUGAGCACAGUGAGCAGCGGUGGUGGCCCUCCCGGUGGGGCAGCGGGACAAAACGGGCCGUCCUCCGGUCCGAUCGGUCCUGCGGCCAAUGGCAGCCACGGUGGUGGGCUAGCGGCCCACCAGCACCAUCCACUGCACAACGCUCAGCAGCAGCAUCAUCCGCCGCCUCCCAACGGGCCCUCGAUCGCAGCAGGCGACAGUGAAACGGGAAGCUUUUAUGACCCAAAAACGGAUCUGGGCUCACCGGCAGUGGGAGGCGUCAAUCAUCUGGAGGACCAGGAUGGGCUCGGUCCGCUGCCCCCGAAGUGGGAAAAAGCGUACACCGACAGCGGCGAGGUGUACUUUAUCGAUCACAACACCGGCACCUCACACUGGCUCGAUCCUCGGUUGUCGAAGUUUCAGAAGAAAUCGCUAGAGGACUGUCAGGACGACGAGCUGCCGUACGGGUGGGAAAAGAUUUGCGACCCGCACUACGGCACCUACUACAUCGACCACGUGAACCGCAAAACGCAGUACGAGAAUCCGGUCCUGCAGGCGAAAAGAAUGCAGGAACGGGGUGGCGCAGGCUCCGGCGGUGGCCCCCUGCUGGACGGUGGAAAUGGGCUACCGAUGGACGGUGGCGUCGGUCAUGGUCUGCCGGGGCCCCCCGGUCAGGGGCGGGUGAACUAUUUCACGAAGAACCCGGCGCACUUGCGCGGCGAACGGUUGAUGACGACACUCGUGAAAUCGACCCGCGGCCUGGGUUUCACGAUCGUUGGCGGGGACGAUAGUGUGGAGGAGUUUUUGCAGAUCAAAUCGAUCGUCCCGAAUGGGCCCGCCUGGCUCGACGGGCGACUCAAGAUGGGGGACGUGCUGGUGUAUGUGAACGAUAUCUGUGUUCUCGGCUUCACGCACCACGAAAUGGUGAACAUCUUUCAGUCGAUCCUGCCCGGCGAGGAGGUGCACCUCGAUGUGUGCCGCGGUUAUCAGCUACCGUUCGAUCCCAACGACCCGAACACGGAAGUGGUCACGACGAUCGCCGUCGAUGGGCUGGCCAACGGUGGGGCCGUCACCGACACUGAUUUGAAGUUUCUCGAAAACGGUGGCUUUCUCGAUCCGUCCGCCGGCGGUCGGCCCAGGGACGACGUUCCGCAUAAGAAUCCGCUCGCGAAAAUCCAUUCUAUGCCCGGCGGCGCUGAUGGCCAUAACACAGGUGGGGGCCCAACCGUAGUUCCCUCGAACGGGGGCGAUGUGUACUUCAACGACACGCUGUCCUACCAACAGCACUACAAGGGAAAGGCAGCAUUCGAGCUGCCGGAAAUCUUGCACAUCAACAUUGUCAAAAGUGACAACGGGUUUGGAUUCACCAUCACGGACAGCUCGUACGGGCAGCGGGUCAAGAAGAUACUAGACAGGCAGUGCUGCAAAAAUCUGCAAGAAGGCGAUGUGCUGCUGAGCAUCAACUCGAUCUCGGUGAAGGAUAUGACGCACAACGAGGUGGUACAGGUGCUGAAGGAUUGCCCGAAAAACAUCGAAACCACGCUGAAGGUGCAACGUGGUCCGGGCGGUCUGUUGGUGGGCGCAAGUACGGUGGCGCCAACGUCGGCACCCUCCACCGUCCCGGGAGGUAGCAAGCUAUCGAACAAGCUGAGGAAAAGUAUCGAAAUGGCCAAGUUUGGUGGCGGUGGCCCGGGCGCAGGUUUGAUGAAGAAAGACGGUGCCGGCGGGAUUGCGGGGAACAGUUUGUUCCGUAGCAAAACCCCGACGGCCGACCUGUACAGUACGCAGACGAAGGAAAUCUUGCCAACGCGACCGAAGACACCGCUGGUUGAUACGCGCGCCCGAGCCAAAACGCCCUCCCUGCCGUUGGCGUCUGGAUCGGAUCUGAACACGGACGAAAUCGAACUCGAUGUUGGCGGUGGUGGUGGUGGCGGCGGCGGCGGUAAGAUUGGUGUGACGCUGACCGACGGUAAAAUGGACCUUACGCAUAAACUAAAUGGCGGCAGUUCGCAUGAUAACGACUCGAUCGCCAACGAUAUCGGAAUGUACCACGGCGAGGACCAGAUGUAUCACACGCAUAUGAAACACUCCAACCUGGCUGACCGCCUCGGGGAGCUGACAAUCAGCAGCUCCAACACGAGUGAUACCGCGCUCUAUCACAACCACCAGCCCCAGUACCACCAUCAGCAGGGAGGAUACCACCCGAGCAACAACGUCGGCGGCUACAAUCAGCUCUAUUCGCCACCGCUCGUACCACCACCACCAGUUCCGCCGCUGGGGGGUGGUCAGGCGCCCUAUCAUCAUGAGAAUUGCUUCUGCUACGAGUGCCAAGACUAUCAGCGACAGCAACUGCAACAGCAACAACAUCAGCAGCAACAGCAACACCAACAGCAGCAGCAGCAUCGCCAGCAGCAACACCUUCAACAGCUGCAGCAGCAGCAACAGCAGCAACACCGACAACAACAGCAGCACCAUGUCCCCUACAAUUUGCCGCCUCAAAUGAGCGACAACAUCGGCAAACGGUUGAAUGAGUAUCUGAUGGAUCGGAAACGGUCACAGCAUCAGCAGCAACCCGGUCAGGGCCCACCGGUUCCGCAGUACGACAAUCUCUACCAUCCGCAGCAUCAUCUUCCACCCCAGCACCACCAUAUUCCGAUGUACGAUCCGCUGCAGCAGCAACCAUCGCCAUCAUCAGCGGCGAUGGUCGGUCACCAGCAGCAACAACCGUACUUCGGUGGCAAUCAUCAAGCGUUACAAGCGCCAAACGGCAACUGGAUGAUGGGUGGAGGCCAGCAACAACAACCGCAACUUUCGCCAUCGCAGCAACAUCACCACAUCUACGGCGGGACCUAUCCCGUCGCCCUGUCGGCCCCGGCGAUGGAUGAGUACACGUUGACGGAGGUAACGCUGGAGCGACAGGCCCUUGGGUUUGGGUUUCGCAUCGUCGGCGGCACCGAAGAGGGAUCGCAGGUGACGGUCGGACACAUCGUGCCGGGUGGGGCCGCUGACAAGGAUACGCGGAUAGCGACGGGCGAUGAGAUACUCAACAUUAACGGCGUGAACGUGGAGAACGCAUCGCAUCAUCGUGUCGUGCAGUUGAUGGGUGAAGCCGGCUUGCGUGGACAAGUGACAAUGAUUCUUCGUCGGCGUCAGCUUUCAAAGCCACCACCACCACCGCCCAACCCGCGCUAUCCGUACACGGUGCUGGUGACACGGAAAGAGAACGAGGGUUUCGGCUUCGUAAUCAUCUCGUCGUCUGGGCAAUUUCUCGGAUCUUCCAUCGGUGAUCUGAUUCCGGGCAGUCCGGCCGAACGGUGCGGUGAGCUGAAGAUCGGUGAUCGUAUCAUUGCGGUGAACUCGAUCGACAUCACGGGUAUGAGCCACAGUGACGUGGUGAACCUUAUCAAGGAGUCAGGCCUGCAGGUGAAGCUGACGAUCGAUAGCCCUCGCGAUGGCAUCAUGCAUCCGGCCAUCGGUUCGUUAAUUCAACCGAGCGUUCCGACCGGGCCCGGUUCGCAAUCUCAACACCCUGGUGGUGGUGGUGGUGGGCCGGUGAAUGGCGGAGGACCGCCCCUUCCUCCGGCUCCGAUGCUUAGCUCGAACACGGAUUUGUACGUAAGUAGCAACAGCACCAGUGGCAGCACCAAUGGGCCGACGAUCAACCGAUACCCGGCGAUCAUCUCCUGA